CGCAUCUCACCCUGACGUCACUCGUGUUCCAACAAGGAAGACGUCGUCGUACUUGUUGUUCGCCAGUUUCAGGUAUUGUCCGCACGCAGGAUGUCAGGUACGGGCGAAGAGGAAGUUGUGGAGAAGUUUCUGGACGCGGCGUCUCACGGAGACGAGGGCCAGGUGACGUCCCUGCUAUCCGCCGUCCCGUCUCUGCUCGAGCGGACGGGCCCGAGAGGAUGGACGGCGCUCAUGCUCGCCGCCAGGAACGGACAUCAAAACGUGGUCCAAACGCUACUCCAACACGGGUGUGACAGGAGUUUAGUGAACACUGUUGGUCAAAGCGCGUCAGACGUGGCCAAGUUCUGGGGUCACGAGCACGUCGCCAUCCUAUUGGGCGACCUUGACGAAGAAGGAGAUGGUGUCGGGUGCGAGAACUACUUCGGCUGCGAGCCUCUGGACCGUCUGAGCGCCAAGCGCACCGACAGCGUGUGGCUGGAGGACAGGAAGGAACAUCCCAGCUCAGUCUUUCUGCUCUUCUCCAACCUCAGCCCCAUGCUCUACCAGAACCAGGAGGGAGUGCAGCAUUUGUGUCGCAUGGGCUACGAGGCCGUCCAAGAUCUUGUGGAGAAGCCGGAUGCCGCGUUGGUCUUCCUGGGCGUGGAGAGGAGAAGCAGAACGCGAAGUGCGUCUGAGGAGCUCCCAGCCUGGUUUGCCAUCAGCAGCGACGAGGACGGCGCCGCGCUGCUCGGGCGCUGUCUGCACACGAAGCGGAAGUGCUCCUUCGCCUCCUCGGCGCACCGGGACCUGCUCAACCUCAGCGACGAAGACGCCGGCAUACUGGCUCCAGCCCGCGCACUGCUGGCGUGGCACCGUCGUUACGCUUUCUGUUCCACAUGCGGUAGCGCCACUGUCUCUGGGGAGGGAGGACACAAGAGGAGCUGCCGGAAUCAACAGUGCCCCAGUAACAAGGGAGUACACAACACGUGCUACCCCCGCACUGACCCCGUAGUCAUCAUGCUGGUGGUCCACCCAGACGGUAACCAGUGUCUCCUGGGCCGGAAGAGCGUCUUCCCGGCCAGAAUGUUCUCCUGCCUGGCUGGCUUUGUAGAACCUGGUGAGACACUGGAGGCGGCAGCACGGCGUGAGGUGUGCGAGGAGAGCGGUGUGCGGGUGGGCGCCGUUCGCUACGUUUCCUGUCAGCCAUGGCCCAUGCCCUCGCAGCUCAUGAUUGGCUGUCUAUGCGUCGCCGUGACAACGGACAUCAGCGUAGACCGCAACGAGAUAGAGGAGGCCAGAUGGUUUCCGCGGCAACAGGUGAUGGAGGCACUAUUGGGUGGAGGAUCCCGCCCGGGUCCCGCCCACUCGGGCCUCAUCAUCCCACCCAAACAGACCAUUGCACACCAGCUCCUACGACAUUGGAUCAGCACUGGAGCCAACCUAUGAACUUUGACCUCGGAUUUUCAAGGACCAGUUGUUGUGUGAAGAGCCUCGUAAUUGUCAGAAAACAUUUCAACACCGUCAACAACAAAACAUAUACAAUUUCUUUUUAUUACAAUUUCUCUCACUUCACUUAUCGAAGUAAAAGUGUCGCAAACUUCACUGUUUGACUCGAGCCUGGUUCUUUAAUUGGUUAUUGACUUAGUAAGGGACAUUCACCCAUCCAUUUUCCGUACCGCUUAUCCUCACUAGGGUCUCGGGCGUGCUGGCGCCUAUCCCAGCUAACUCUGGGCGGGAGGCGGGGUACACCCUGAACUGGUUGCAAACAACUAUUUGCACUCACAUUCACACCUAGGGACAAUUUAGAGUCUUCAAUUAACCUACCAUGCAUGUUUUGGGGAUGUGGGAGGAAACCAGAGUACCCGGAGAAAACCCACGCAGGCACGGGGAGAACAUGCAAACUCCACACAGCGAGGCUGGAUUUGAACCUGGAUCCUCAGAACUGUGCGGCAAAUGUGCUGCCAAAAUCAAGAACGUUAAAAAAAAAAAAAAAAAAAUCUUUUUUUCUUCUGCUCCUCAGCCCGCGAUAUUGUGGGCGGCCAGCAAGCAUUCCAAGGCUGACGGCCCAAACGCCAGUGUGCCAAUCCUUAGCCAUGCUGCCAGCGACUAGCUGCAGUACUAGUGCUGGUGGGCAGGCGUGGGGCGGUAGAGGCGUCAGGUUCGCCGCUGCCUCGCUAUGCGCCGUGGGUGGGGGGCACACAAAUACCACAUAACACUUGAGGGAAUAUGUAUUUUUUUGGGCAUAGCUUGAUGGCUAACUGCACGCUGUAGUGGUAGAAAUGUUCCAAGUUAUUAUUGAUAAAGAUGUGGCAAGUGGCCCGAAACGCCUCAGCUGAAAUGAGGGUGCUGAGUACUUAAAUAGUGGGGGAGGGGCAACUCAUACCAGUGUGUACACCCAAGACCAUGUACCAAGUAUGAACUUUGUCUUGGUUUUAGCCCCACCCAAAAAAUAUGGACAACUACAACAUUGCUAAAAUUCAAUACUAAAUUGUUCUCAAUCCGAAGUGCUGAAAAUGUGCAAACAUAUUUAAUGCAUUUAGAAACAAAAUGUUACUGUUUUUCCCACAUUUUUGACUGUUUUGACUUGGUGCUUGAUUUAUUCUGACCAUUAUAACGUUCUUCUUGACUUUGUUUUUAACUUGGUUUCUUGACUGUUUAAAACUGAUUUUAUACUUUG